AUGACAUCUUUCAUGGUGUUUUUACUAGUGAAGCUUCUUCUCCUUUGUGAGUUGCAUCGAGUUAGUGGUCAGAAUUCUACUGUCAUACUGUCAUUUAGAAUUAGAAGAUUCUCGGAGAAAGCAUCAUCAGGUCGUGUUGAAGUUUAUAUUAACGGAUUGUGGAGUGCAGUAUCAUACAAAGGCUGGACCAUUGAAGCAGGGAAUGUAGUCUGCAGAAUGUUGGGGUUUCCUAACGCAACGUCUAUAUUUGAGUCUUCCAUCAUGGGUCGCCUGGGACUAGAAUGGGUGCAGGUGAAACACUGCUUUGGUAACGAGUCUUCAUUGUACGAUUGCAGUCUAAAUAUUCUGGAAUACCCCGUAUUGACUCAAUACAAUGGCGAAGCGGGGGUCAUAUGUGGUCAGCCAAAUGGAAUAGCAAUGAUAGGUGAGGUGGUGCUGGGAAUCGAAGGCAUUCCAGCAGGAAUUGGUUCAACAUUCUGGAAUGACAGUGCCGCUAAGGUGGUGUGUCGUAUGUUAAAUAUGGCUGGACCCUAUGUAGCGCCAAGAAUCGACAGCUCAUCACAUGUAUCCACACCGAUUUGGAUGGACAAAGUUAAAUGUUCUGGAAAUGAAAGAACUCUAUUGGACUGUAAUCACCCGGGAUUAACAAAUAAACGUCUGACGGUGUCAGCAUCGUCGAAAAGGGCAGUAGUUGGCUGUGGAAAACAAGAAAUUUCUCUAAAGAUAACAGGAGGGCGUAAUGAACAAGAAGGAAAUGUAGAGGCUUAUAUGAAUGGGGUGAUGGUAUUCCUGGUCCUAAACAACGACAAUGAACAGAACGUUGCCAAGGUGAUCUGCCGUACUCUUGGACUCCCUCCACCAAUCAUGAUCGUUCGAAAUACCAAGACGUUAUACCUCCAAAGCUAUGGUGGCUUAAAAGGCUUUAUUGCAGUCUUUUUGCUUUGCACCGGAAAUGAGCGCCAUAUUUCAGAAUGCAAUACUAGUAUUACUGCCGUAUUUCCAAGUGUUACAGAUCUUCAUGGCGUUUCGUGUAGAAAAGAUUAUCAGUGCCCAACAGGAUGCAGAUGCGAUUUGGUCUACCUUUACGGGAUGGAGUAUAAAGUUUGGUGCGUCAACUCAAACCUCACAGAGACAAUACACCCUCUUCCUGGACUAACAAGAGUUUUGUGA